GCCGGGAGAGUGGGGCAGAAAUGGGGGGACUUGAAAACGGACUGACCCCAGAGCGAGAGGAAAAGAGCAGGCUCUGGGAACGUCCCCGGGAGUGAUGAGAGGAGGAAGCGCGCGGGGGUUCCGGGGAGAAGCGAGAAGCCGCAGGAAGACAGUGCAGUGGCGGCAUCGUGGGGGCUCCCGGGCCCCCACCCCAGCCCCCUCCGCGCCAUCCCGGAUAAACACAGACGCCUUGACGGGCCAGCACAGCUGCCGGACGCGGCCCCCGGCGCCGCUCCAACCAGACCGCGGCCGCUAAGCCCCUCCUUUCAAGAAACUCUGAGGCCGCCCCUGGAAGUGGCGGGGCAGAGGGACCAGAGGAGGGACGGAGGAGGGUCAUGGAGCCGGGCGGCCCGGGCCCGGAGGUCGGUAUGGAAGGCGCGGCGGGCGACCCGUACCGGCGGCCGGCGCGGCGCACGCAGUGGCUGCUGAGCGCCCUCGCGCACCACUACGGGCUGGAUCGCGGCGUGGAGAACGAGAUCGUGGUGCUGGCCACCGGCCUGGACCAGUACCUGCAGGAGGUCUUCCACCACCUGGACUGCCGCGGCGCCGGCCGCCUGCCCCGCGCAGACUUCCGCGCGCUCUGCGCCGUGCUGGGGUUGCGCGCCGAAGGGACCGCCGCCUCCGGGGAGGCCACGGGAGAUGCUGGCGCCGGAGACGCGAACACCCGGGACGCGACCGCCGGAGACGCGUGCGUCGUAGAGGCCACCGACGGGGACGCGGACGCCGAGGAGGAGGCGCGCCUGGCGCUGUGCGGCGAGCCUCCGGAGCUCACCUUCCGCCAGUUCCACGCGCGCUUGUGUGGCUACUUCGGCACCCGCGCGGGUCCCCGGCUGCCCCGCGGCGCGCUUAGCGAGCACAUCGAGACGCAGAUCCGCCUGCGCCGCCCGCGCCGCCGCCGCCGCCAGCCUCUCAGCCCCGGCCCGGACGGCUGCCCCGACGGCGGCCCCGAUGGCGAACGCGUGCAGCGGCUGGAGGAGGAGAACAGCAGCCUGCGCGAGCUGGUGGAGGACCUGCGCGCCGCUCUGCAGAGCAGUGAUGCGCGCUGCCUUGCGCUGCAGGUCGGCCUCUGGAAGAGCCAGGCCGGCGCCCAAGAGGCGGAGCGCGGCGGGCCCGAGGCAGCGGCGCGUGAGCUGCGGCAGGCACGGGGCGCCCUGGCUGCGGCCGAGGCCCGUGCGGGACGGCUGCGCCGGGGCCAAGCCGAGGUGCGGCGGCGCGCCGAGGAGGCCCGGCAGGCCGUGCUGCGCAGUCUGCGCCGCGUGCGCGAGCUGGAGGCGCUGGCACAGCAGGUGCCCGGCCUGCAGCGCUGGGUGCGGCGCCUGGAGGCGGAGCUGCAGUGCUACAGGUCAGAAGUCACCCAGCACCCAAACUCACCAGGAGCCAGCCCAGGACCAGAAGCCAAGAGUGGCAAACCUGAGGAUGGUGAGGCUGGAGGCCCAGCAUCCCCUCCAGAAGGAGCCUGGCAUUCAGACAGCAGCACCGGGAGCAGAUGCGUGGAUGAAGCAGUGGGCGAGCAGCUGUUCCGCUCUGUGGAGGGCCAGGCCGCCUCUGAUGAGGAGGAGGAGGAGGAAGAGAAGGAAGAAAAGUGGCGGGAGGAGCCGAGGCCAGCGGUGGCCGAGGUCCGGAAGCUGCUGGCACACCUCUCCAGCUGCAGGAGUGGGUGUGACAACCCGGCGGCCAAGAAGUUCAUGACUUACUUGGGACACUCUGGCAGAACAGACCACACCUGCACCCUGGGGGAGCUGGAGGCCUGCAUCGCUCUGCUGGUGGAGCAGCUGGAGACCCAGGGCUGUGGCACGGAAUCCCUCGACACACCUGGGGUGGAGGUGAAGCUUCAGCAGAAGGUGGAGGAGAAUGAGCACUUGAGGCUGGAGCUGCAGAUGGUGGAGACAGAGAGGGUGCGGCUGUCCCUCCUGGAGGAGAAGCUGGUGGACGUGCUGCAGCUUCUGCACAGGCUUCGGGACCUGAACAUAUCAAAAAGAACCUUGGGGAAGAUUUUGCUGCACACAUUGGACGUUUGCAGAGACCCCAUACACGAUGGGAGAUCUGGCCCCUUGGCCAUCCUGGAUGCCCUGCACCAAGCCCUGGCUAGCUGCGAGCUCCUGCAGGGACGGUCGUCAGCACCAGCCUCCCCAGCUCCCACCCUCACCAAUCCCCUUCUCAUCUCCUGCUGAGGUGGCAGCACCCUGCCAGACUGAUCACCAUCAGACCAGCCUUCCCAAGCAGCCUCUGCAGUCGAUCCGACCACCAUCAGACCAGUGUCCACAGUUGGCACGACCGCCAUCAGACUGUCCUCUGCAGUCAGCCCAACCACCAUCAGACAAGUCCCAGCGCCUCCACUGUCAGCCCAACCACCACCAGAGCAGCCCCCAAAGUUGGCCUGACCACUGACAGAGCAGCCCAAGCAGCUGGCCCAACCGCCAUCAGAACAGCCUCCACAAUCAGCCCAACCACCAUCAGACAAGCCCCAGUGCCUCCAUUAUCAGCCCAGCCACCACCAGAGCAGCCCCCAAAGUUGUCCUGACCACCAACAGACCAGUCUCCAUGGAUGGCAUGAUUGCUACCAGACUAGUCCCUACAGUCGGUUGGUUGACCACCACUGCUGCCAAGUUGAUGAGGUUUGGGCCACUAGGGGCUCUCACAGCAAUCACUGCAACCUCCGAGGCCCUGGCUCCUUCAGAAACUGGGCCCAAGCACAAAGCUCCCCAGUGCAGAACCUGGCACCCACCUCUUCCUUAGGUGCCUUCCAGAUUCCCAAGCAGCCCCUGCAUUCCUGCCACCAGAGUCCAUAUUAGAACCCUGCAGCGGCUGGAUCAGCCCGCACCUGAUGCUGUUUCCCUGCCCUCAGAGUAGAGGUGCUCACUCUCCCACCCUGCCCAGCCCAGAAUCCCUUCCCUGCAUCGCAGGGUCUCCUCCUCUCCCAGCACUGGCCCCUUCCUCCCACCGGCCUGCCUGCCGCAAGGGAGACUGGGCCCAAACUUCAGGACACUCUUGAUCCAUUUGGGGAAACUCCACAACACCCCAGGAAAUGUCAAAGACCAGGAAAAGCUGGGGGAAUUUCCAACAAGGGAGACAUUACUGUAGGCUUCCUGUGGAAGCUGGUCUUGAACCAGAUCUAGAAGAGUGGUAGGAUUUUAAUGGGCAAGGAGAGGAGGACAGGGAAUUUAAUCUGAGGUUACAUCAAAAGCAAAAGUGUGAUAGCCAGAGAGGGCCCACUAGCAUAGCACCUGGAGCCCCUCUUUCCCUGAGCAGGAAGGAGUGAGAGGCAUGGCACCUCAUCUCACCUAGCUGAAAGUCUCAUAGGGGAGAAGGAUAUGUUGGGAAAUUCCUAUAGUGCAAUGUGGAUGAAAUCGGUGCUGAAUAAAAGUAAAAUAAAGUGCAUUGUAAUGAAA